GAACACGAGAGUAACAGGCGCACGCUGCUGUUUGGUCUGAUUUGGCAGAAAGAAUCAACAUGGCAACACCAGUGUCUGUUUUACGGCUGCCUAAAGGACCCGACCCCAACAGCCGUGGAUUUGACCCCAAAUCGCCACGCUUCAUCGCUCUCUGUCGCACCUCCAUUUCCACUUCGGCUGAGUCAGAGAUGGAUCCUGAGCAUCUGCAGAGAGAGCAGCACGCACGAUCUGUGCUGAGAGAGAGUUUCCUCAGGUGUCUCCUCACUAUGGCCAACAAGAAGGUUCAGUUUCACAUGUAUGAGAACGUGAAGGUGGAGGCCACAUUUGGAGCAUCUGACAUUGACGUGCUGAACUUUCAGGUGUCAGAUCUGCAAACUCCAAUCGGGGUGCAGAAAGAGGCACUGAUCAGGUCUCAGGACGUGAUUUCAUACACAUUUGAUGUAUGAACACGUUUGGUUUUGGUUAUGCUGGAAUUGAGGUUGUCUAUAAAGUUGGUUAUAUUUUUUGGAGAACGGUGAAGCUACAAGUGAUGUUUUCAUUGUUUUGUCAGUGACCGCAUUCAAAGACCUUACACUGACUAGCAGUUUCCCUUUUCCAGCACAAGAGGGUGCUGUAUACCUGUGUUUCCAGAGUCAUGUCAGACCCUAAUGCAAGAGCUUGUUCAGAUUUGCACCAGGGUGUGGGUGAUGCUAUUGACAGAUAUCAGAAGAUUUGUGAUAAGGUAUUGACUAAAACACUGAUGAUGUGAUGAUGCUCUGCUGAUGAGUACUUCUGCCUCUAGAAAAUCUUUACUCACAUUUUGGGUUUAUUUCUCUCAGCUGUAACAGUUGUAGCACUUAGUGGAAAACUAGUAAUAAGAUCAACAUCAAAUCAAAAUCCCACCCAGUGUCUAUCUAUACAGCCUGAUACAUCAAUAUGUGUACAUAAUGUUUCUGCUCUGCAUUGUGAGGCUUUCUCAAGGCUGUUAUCGCAGAUGUCUUUCUGUGAAAGAUGUGAAAUCAAGUUAUUAUUCAUGUUCGUGUUGACAAAUUAAAUUUUGUCUCAUUUCAUGUUGAUGUAAAUGAAACAUUGCACUUCUGUAGAGUUAACUAUUUUGUAUUUUAUUGUCCAUUCUGUAUCUGGUUUAGAAAAAAUAUUAAACAGCACGAAUGUACAAUAUUGGGAUUUCCUGAGUAGUGACACUCAAGGUACAUGCAUAACUUACACUGAAUGUAUCAGAUACUUGGGAGAUAUUUGCUAACAAAGGUGGGGCAAUGACCCUCAGCAGAGAGAGGCUUGUUCUUGCACCUGUGUCAGCAAGUAGCCACCCUGCUGAAGGGCCCUCAACCUCCAGGUUUGCCGUACUGCAGCUGACCUGUCUGCAUGAAGAAGAGAGCCAAAAUAUUUGUUUUCACUUGCAAUAACUGCAGCAUUACACAGUUAGCUCUGGUGUUUUUUGGCCACACAGAGGCCAUCAUUAUGAGCAGGUAGAGAUGUUCAAUUUUACAAUUAUUCAAGGUCUGUGACAUCAUAACCUUAAUUAAUGCAGCUAACCAAUCAGCUGGUACCCUGACUGGCAGGCAAAUAUGAGAUGUUUCCAAACACCUGUUCCUGCUUCUAAUGGUGGUUAAAGAAAAAGUGAAAGCUUAAAACAUCAAUUAAGCAUC